AUGGAAUCAGGAAAUCAAACUCUUGCUCCAAAAUUUAUCCUACUAGGACUCUCCCAAGAAGCAAGACUGCAGCCUCUCCUCUUUUGGCUAUUCCUCUCUGUGUACCUGAUUACUUUCAUUGGAAAUCUUCUCAUCAUCAUGGCCAUAAUCACGGACUCCUAUCUCCACACUCCCAUGUACUUCUUUCUCUCCAACCUAUCUUUUGCUGACAUCUGUUUCACUUCCAUCACUGUCCCAAAGAUGCUGCUCAACAUCCAGAUGCAGAGCAAAGUCAUUACAUUUGAAGGCUGCCUCUACCAAAUGUACUUUUUCAUGCUUUUUGGAGGAUUAGACAACUUUCUCUUGACAGCAAUGGCUUAUGAUCGAUUUGUGGCCAUCUGCCACCCCCUGCACUACAUGGUCAUCAUGAACCCCAAGUUCUGUGGUGUCCUGCUUCUUGCCUCCUGGUUACUGAGUAUUCUGGAUUCUCUAUUACAUACCUUAAUGGUUUUACGACUGUCUUUUUGUACACAACUAGAAAUUCCUCACUUCUUUUGUGAACUUAAUCAGGUGAUCCAACUUGCUUGUUCUGAUACCUUCCUCAAUGAGCUAGUGAUAUAUUUUACAGCAGGACUGCUGGGUAUCAUUCCUCUCACUGGCAUAGUCUUCUCUUACUGUAAGAUUGUAACCUCUGUUUUGAAAAUCUCAUCAGCUAGUGGCAAGUAUAAAGCUUUUUCCACAUGUGGGUCUCACCUCUCAGUUGUCUCCUUGUUCUAUGGUACAGGACUUGGAGUGUAUCUCAGUUCUGCUGCUACCGAAAACCCCAGGGAAAGUGCAAUAGCCUCAGUGAUGUACACUGUGGUCACACCCAUGCUGAACCCCUUCAUCUACAGUCUGAGGAACAAGGACAUAAAGCAGGCCCUUGUUAAACUCUUCAACUGA